UCGGAUUUAUAUGUCACUUAGUAUAUAUACUACUAUACAAUAUGGAUCUACUCGUAUACCUAGUAAGUGUUGGAUCUUUUGGCGAAGCGACAAUGACUAAUAUAGAGUUUUAGCACUCACCAAACGAGUAUUUCGCUAUAUUAUCAUCUUCAGGGGAAGAUCAAAACAGGUUUAGUAUCCACCUGAAGAUGUUUGGCGAGUGGUAAAAAUCUGCAUUAGUUGUAUAGAGUUUUUCAGUAGACCAUAUCCGCUAGUUUGCUUUUCCUUGUCUGUCAUUGAGACUAGACCUAUACAGUCCUAAUAAUCGCUAGCCAGCACGAAACAAUAUUGGAUGGUCAUGAACACAGAGAUGGAAUGUAAACAGGUCAUAUUCAAGUAUGUUAUUCUUUGAAGCCAAACAAAAAUGGAAGAAGAUCGGAGGCUGGAGUUCAACUUUACAGCCCAGGAUGUUAUAGAUCAGGGCCGUACCAAAAGGGAGUACAUAGACGAAAUAAAGGAAUGGCUUCCAAAUUCAGGAGAUAAACUAGUUCCACCGGCUCUUGAAGAACAGAUGGUAAUUCUGUUCUUGUUAUCGUGCAAAAAUGAUGUAGAGUUUACUAAGAAAACCAUUUUGGCGUUCUACAGAUGCAAAAAGAAUGCGCCUGAAAUUCAUGAUAACAGGGACCUGAAGCGACUAGAUGUGAAGUUAGCAUUGAAUACAAUACACAUGUCCAGCAUACCUGAAAGGACAGAUGAUAAUUGUUCUAUUCAUUACUUCAAGUUGCAUGAUACCAGCUACCACAACUUCGAUUUAUAUGCAAUCAUGAAGAUCAGUUACAUGUUAGUGGACGUUACGCUGAAAAACAAUCCACCUGAUGGACUGAUAGUCAUCAUCGACAUGAAAGGAAUGGGGUUGAUGCACAUGACAAAGCUGAAAGUGGGGGCUAUAAAGAAGUAUUUCCAGUUUCUUCAAGAAGGCUUUCCAAUGAAACUGAGAGUCAUCUAUGUGAUAAACGCAGUUUAUUUUAUGGACAAAAUUAUGUCGAUAAUAAGAGUUUUCAUGAAAAGUGAACUUGUAGAUAUGCUGAAAAUAUACCCCGCUGAUAUGCCAAAUGAAAAACUCCAUGAAUUGGUUCCAAAGAAAUGCUGGCCGAGAGACUAUGGCGGAGACCUGCCUUCAGAAAGAGACCUCCAUGACUUUACAAUGGAUCAACUGAAGGAUCGACAAAAAUUUUGGGAAAUUGAAGAAUCCAUCAGGAAGGAGUGCCAGAAAUAACAACGAACUUAAUAUAAUUUAUAAUAUGUAAAAUAAAUAAUUAAGUAGAUGCUUUCUAACUUUGUGACUUUAUUA